AGAACACAUUUGGAAGAACGGUUUCUCUCUCCCUUCUUCGUUUUGGGAUUCUGGGUUUUUAAAUUUGAAGACCAUUGAUAUAUAUUAAGCCAAAAGAUGGGGUCUGGGGCUGGUAAUUUCUUUAAAGUUGUUCUUAGAAACUUCGACGUUCUUGCCGGGCCACUUGUCGGACUUGUCUAUCCUCUAUAUGCCUCAAUCAGAGCCAUCGAGACCAAAUCCCCCACCGACGAUCAGCAAUGGCUUACUUAUUGGGUUUUGCACUCCAUGAUUACUCUCUUCGAGCUGACCUUCUCCAAGGUUCUUGAAUGGAUCCCCAUAUGGCCAUAUGCGAAGCUGGUUCUGCUCUGUUGGUUGUCGGGCUUCAACGGAGCUGCGCAUGUGUACGAGCAUUAUCUAAGACCUCUAAUGGUGAACCAGCAGAAAGUGAACGUUUGGUAUGUUCCAAAGGGAAAGGACCCUUUGAACAAGCGCGAGGACAUUAUCACUGCUGCAGAGAAGUACAUCCAGGAGCAUGGAACUGGAGAACUUCAAUACAUGCUUGACAAUGCCGAAGUGCACAGGAGAAAUGGCAGCAACUAUUAUGGUUAUGCUGAGGAGUAUGAAUACUAAAACGGAUGCUUACUACUUAGACUGAAAUAAGAGUGGGAACUCAACCAAGGCUGAAAGUUUUCUUUUUUACUUUUUGGGUCUGUGAAAAACUAGGUUCUAGGUUUUUUUUCAUUAUUGUAGAUGAACGUUUAAGUUAGGGUUAUCCAACUUGUACUUUUUUUUUUCUUUUUUUUGUUUGUAAUAUCAAAGCGCAUACAAGUAAAAAUCAACAGAAUUGGUCAAACUUUGCAGAUAA